GCGCGGCGACUCUGCUCGUCACGGUGUAGGUGGUGGAUACGAAGCAGAAAUUGUAAAAAAUAGGGUCGGUCACGGCGAAAAGGUCGCCGGUGGCAUGCACAUGUGUUGUUUCGUCGCGAGAGCGGGGCAGGUGCAUGACGUGGCGAGGUGCUGCCACGUGUCAAGAUUUUGAGCAAGAAGAGGAGGCAGGGAGCCGGUUGUCCGCAUUGAGCAUUGCCGAGGGGAGAGGCGAUGGCGGCUCGGCGCGCGGCUGACGUGGCGGGGACACAGCUGCGGAGGCUGCUAGUCUAUCAGGGGGGAGCAUGCGCUGCAGGAGGAGGCGGGUUUCGGGCCGGUGCGCGGGAGCGCAACGCCCUCUUAAGGGGACCCUCCGCCAUAGCUGGGGUGAGGAAGUGGGCGGGGGCUCGGCAGGGAGUGACACGUGGCUAUGCCUCUUGCGUGGUCGUUAGUGGGGAUGACCUCGCGUUUCCGCCGUACCAGGAAGUCGCUAUGCCUGCGCUGUCGCCCACUAUGUCCCAGGGAAAUCUUGCAAAGUGGAGAUUGAAGGAAGGGGACAAAGUUGGACCUGGUGAUGUUCUUUGCGAGAUUGAGACGGACAAGGCAACAUUGGACAUGGAGUCCCAAGAAGAGGGGUACUUAGCAAAGAUUUUAGUCCCUGAUGGGACUGCGAACAUUCCGGUGGGCAAGCCAAUUGCAAUCAUGGUGGAGGAAGAAGAAUAUCUGGCGAAGUUUGCAGAUUUUGUGCCUGGAGACGCAGGGGCUGGGGCAGCUGCUGCUAAACCAGAACAACCACCACCUCCCCCUCCAUCAGAAGCACCUGCCCAGAAGGCAGAGCCCAUUGCUCCACCCCCACCCCCACCACCGUCACAAGAAGUUGCUCCUAAAGCGCAUGUGGAUAGCGGAGACCGCAUCUUCAUCAGCCCUGCUGCCAAGAAGCUGGCAUUGGAAAAUGCAGUGGAUCUCUCCUCUAUUAAAGGAAGUGGGCCAGAUGGGAGGGUAGUCAGAGCUGACGUUGAGGAGUUCCUCGCUACGAAGGGAGACAAGAAACCUGUAGCAGCUGUUGAUGCCAAAAAAGGGGUUGCUGCGGUGGUUGAUGGUGUCGAGUACACUGACAUUCCGCAUACUCAGAUUCGUAAGAUCACAGCAUCUCGGUUGCUCAUGUCGAAGCAGACCAUCCCUCAUUACUACCUUAGUGUCGACGCCUGCCUUGACAGACUGAAUGAGGUUCGAGCAAAGCUGAAUGCGAAGCAGGCAGAAACUGGAGGGAAGAAGCUGUCAAUCAACGAUUUCGUCAUCAAGGCUACAGCACUGGCCCUGAGGAGAGUUCCAGAAGUGAACAGCUCCUGGCAAGAUGAUGUCAUUCGCCAAUAUCAUAACAUUGACGUCACCGUUGCAGUGCAAACGGAUGCUGGUCUUAUGGUGCCAUUCGUUAAGAAUGCGGACAAGAAGGGAGUCGCUGCUAUAUCGGAAGAAGUCAGGGCCCUUGCAGAUAAGGCAAAGCAGGGCAAACUGAAGCCAUCUGAGUUUCAGGGUGGCACGUUCACAAUUUCCAACCUUGGAAUGUUCGGCAUCAAGCAAUUUGCUGCGAUAGUCAACCCGCCUCAGGCUGCCAUAUUGGCAGUUGGUGCAGGUGCAGUUGGCGCACAGUGGCUACAGGCAUUCAAGUCCUAUAUUGAAGAUCCGAUGACGAUGCUGUUGUGAGGGGGCAGGUCCUUUUCCGUUGCCAGGCCCAAGGAUGUGGGUGGCGUAUUCUCACUUUUCUCUCUCUUUACCUCGUGCGAAGCGCAACUGAAAUAAAUUUUUCGUUAUUCAGCGGAUAACAAUGGAUGGUGAUCGGCACCUAAGCGUCGGAACAUCUAACGCUGCCACCGCGUUGUCCUUCAUCUGCCCUUCCCGACCCGUCAGAAGAUUUCGACAAGUGCGGCACAGCCCCCCUCUCAGGUGGGAGUGGCCACGGAAGCUGUCAGCCCCCCCUCUUAAGUCCGCACAACUGUGUGUUUGAGUUGUGUGGAGGCAGCAGGCGGUUGCAACUGCCUACCUUAUCCUUGGAGAGCAGGAGGGACCACAAAAAAUGGUGGAGGCUUCCAAUGCCAGCCUUGCCCUUCGACAGCACUGAUGCGCUUUUUCCGAUUGGAAUUCAGGUGAGAGUUCGCGUCCGGAUGUCCUGUCUGAUUGGUGGGGUGGUGACGGCGUCAUCAUCCUGUCAAAUGAAUGGGUGCCUCCGUGUCUCGGUCCUUGUCCUUUUCUUCUUCCUUUCUCUUCUAUCGUUUCACCCGGUCCUUGUGCAUGGCACGAAAAGCGUCCCGUUGAACCCGGACCGGGUCUCUUGGCUUGUUCUUAGCCGUUGUGAGGAUGUUAUGAAGCCAGUCAAGGCAGCGACUGUUUUUUUUUUCAGCCUCUGCAGAUUGAAUCCACAGGUCGGCAAAUAUGUGUGCAUGAAGGCGGACGCUCUGUAAGGAGCGGAGUGGAAAGGACUUCACCAAGGUGUGUAUGGAAAUAGUGGUGCCGAAAGGGGAACCAAAACUUAGGAUUGCUUCGCCUUGACGCAUGAUUCAGACUGUACGUAGAACGAAGGACGGCACUAUGUUAGGAGUGGAAAAGACCUCAGGUAGACAAACUUCGGCGAAGCAAAAGUGAGGUGAUUCGCCUUGCCUUUGGAGUCGCAGCCUCUACCAUGCUGGCAUGCUGGCAAACGUCGCCAGCUAUCAGGCCGGCAAUGGCUUUAGAGCUGGCAGGUCUUGUGAGGACAGAUGCCCGAAUAGACGGACAAUCUCCACAGCCUGCAGUCUCAGGGGUCAGGCAGCUCUCUGACAGGCUUUAGCUGUCAGAGUUGCAGCAUGAGGCAGGGACCAUGCGCCAGCUGAUCAUAGGUUUUGCAGUUGUGGUGGUGGAGUUAAGUUACUGCCAGCUGAGAGGCUGUCUCCUUUUGUCCAGAUCCAUACCUACUACAUACAUAGGCUGAUUUUAUUUUUUUGCCUCUCAGACUGCCGAAAAUUGGUGUGGUACGGGGCCCGCUUAGGUGCGGCAGGUAUUAGGCCCGUAGAUGCUGGAAGGGCUGAGUUGAUAUUCAAGGCAUGCAUUGUGUCCCCUUCAGGAGGAGAUGCGAUAUGGAGAAAGUUCGUAGGAACGGAAGGGCGGGCAGAGUGUGGCGGAGAGGCGAAUCUGAAUGUAGAUGGGUAUGCGGUAUGUGGGGGAGAAGCUGAAUGUAGAGGAGGAAAAGAGCCGCGUGAGGUUGCUGUGUGACCGUAGUUUGGUUCCACCUAGAGUUAGGGUGUUGGUCUUACCACUGGGUUAAUGUAGGUUACGACCAGAGGUAGACUAUGAUUAGGUUAUUGUAGUAGAGUCUUCGUCGGCUUUGUAGUAGUCUUUGGUGGCUUUGUAGUACUCUUCGUCGGCUUUGUAGUAGUCUUUCGUCAGCUGGUUUUGGUCGGACAGACCAUGUUUGUUCAUGCGUUAGUGUUCGUGUUUAUGUCCUUUUCAUUCCCCUUGAGUUACUGCAUCCUAGGGCAAACUCACCCUAGGAUUAUUUCGACUGAACCUAGCCCAUUAUUAAGGCCAGAUAUGUCCGAGCAAUUUGUAGCAUGAGAUGCCUUGAGACACGUUGUGUUGGCGUUGAACUUACCAAAGAGUGCACGUAUUUUCACAACUUUGCUUCAGAGUCGAUCGUGUCUCGGGUUUUAACGGAGCCCUCGGAGGAGGAGGAUUUGUUGCCCAUUAUUGCAUUUUCAGUGUUUUUCAAACUAUUUCUUUUUCUCUGUGCCACUUUCUGUGAUCGGUCUUUCGCUGUGAACCCCGGCAGCAGGCGCGAAGGGAAGGAAGGAAGACGGUGAGGUUGAAGGGUGAUAUUGAAGGUGCAGGGUAUAUGCUGGUGGAUUGCGCCUUGUGGCUCCAUUGUGUGUGUGGGAUGUCUGUGCUCUGGAUAUAAACUUUUGGCAUCUUGAUGGUCACAGCAAAAAAAAAAAAAAAAAAAAAGGCUACUUCACGGGGUUGUGGUUUUACUGCACUUGUCCAGUGUGUCAAAUUUGUUUUGCAGAGACGGAGUCUUUCUGGAAUUGGCGACGAAGCAAAAAAAGGUUUAAAAAUCAAAUUAAAAUUGUUUA